CUCUUAAAUAGGUUGACCAGCCACUCAAGCCACAAUGAUUACGACAUUGUCUUUUUCUACGCUUCCAUCUAGUGAUUUCCUUCAAUCCCCAGAAUGUCCUGGGAAGACGCGAACCGCCAUAAAUGCAUUCUACGUGACGCCAAAGCCGGCCGGUAUGGCGUCAUUGCUGCCAUCGCCUACAACAUUGAACAGGUCCUGGGUCUCGUCCGGGCCGCCGAAACCGCUCACUCCCCCCUCAUUAUCCAAUUCUUCCCCUGGGCAAUUGAAGUCACUGAUGGCUUGCUGGUGCGGACGGCCGCGGACACCGCUCAACGCGCAAGUGUGCCCAUCAGUACCCACCUCGACCAUGCACAGUUGGAAACUAUCAUCAAACAGGCAGCUGAUCUGCCCUUUGAUAGUAUCAUGGUUGACAUGUCGCACUUCGAGAAGGAAGUCAACUUAAAGAAGACCCGCAAGCUGGUGCAAUAUUGCAACGAGCGCCAGAAAGUGACCGAAGCAGAGCUGGGGCGUAUUGAAGGAGGCGAGGAUGGAGUCAUGGACACUGCGGGGCUGAAGGCGUGUAUGACAACUGUGGAGGAGGUGGACGAGUUUGUUGAUACGGGUGUUGAUUCGAACACGCCAAAAGAUUUUCUGCUAAUACACCAAUACUCUUUGUUGGGAGAUACAGCUAGUACAUAGCAUAUUACUCGGGGUACUCCAAAGUACAAGAGUUCUUUGUA